ACAAGCUCGAACUUGCUCCUUUCUUCUUGGCCCGGCGACCAAAGCUUCUGACUCACGAGGCCGGGAGCAAGGUUCCAGCUCUCCUUCAGCAUAUUCCUCCCAGUCUCUCACACACAUCGAUGGCUGAACAAAAUAUCGGAUUAGACGCGGCGGAAGCCGAUGCCUGCAAGACAAUCUUUGGGCGGCUAAAACGAUCGAUCAAGAAUCAUCAGCAUAUACGAAGACUGGUAGGCCAGGCUGGGACACGAAGCCAGACCGGCGACCAGUCCAGAAAAACAAUACAGAAGCCGCUCAGCCAACGCCUCCAAACACGCUCGCUCCAGAUCUUCCUCCCGCCUACCACGAUGCUGCCAGACAAGAGAAAUGGACUAUGAUAGGCAACAACAGGUUCAAACGUGAAGUCCUCGUCAACAGCAGCAAGAAAACUCAGUACGGGCUCAGCGAUCCUGGGGGAAGUACGCCGGCGGCCGUUUUUACCUGCAAGAGGCCCCACAUGAACGUCGCUCUCCGCCGUGUGAGGAUAACCAUAGAGCUCAUAAAACACAGAGAAAAGCUGGAGCAUGGUUGUCACUGUGACUUUGAGUAUCUCAAGACUGGCAAGACCAAGCGCGACACGUCAAGAUUGUGUAUCCGAAGACCAGGUAAAACUAGAAAAAGAAUCGUGAAGCAGAUGGACAAGCAUGAUAAAUUAUGCGGCUGCGGUGCUUUCGACUUUCCGGAGACCAGAAAACAGGCCGCAGACUCCUAAUGGCCAUUUUCCAGGGCCAGUGAGACGACAAGAAUAAUAAUUCAGCACAACGGAGAAUGCAAGCGUGGUGGCGAGAACAAAGUGAGGAAAGAGGUCGAGCUGGAACAGCCAAUCAGAGGGCGAUAGAUUAGCUCGUCAUCUCCAUAGUUCGGCAAUAAGAAAAGUAUAUCUCCAUGGAGAGGAUCGCGAAAUCCAUCUUGAG